GCGCAGGCAUCCACGCGAAACGGUCGUGUCGCUAUCAUGCCGCCUUGAACGCGCGUUUCGUAAUUUAAAAACCAGGGAAAAUUCCUCUAAACACCGUGCUAAGCGAAUACACGUGUGAAUGUGACAAACGUGUUAUACAUUGACGGAAAGUGAAAUUAUCUGUUACAGAAAGUGUUAAGUGAAGUGAAUUUACAUGUGACAGGAGAUAACGAGUGAUAUGACAAUGCGGCGAGCCUUGCUUGAUGGCAGGCAGGGAUCUGUCGACGGAAACAGUAGCGUUAAUGACAAAGAGUUGGUACACAAGUGUCAUAGUGAUCCAGGUGGAGGGAGAGCUCUUGGGGCACCCAGGGCUCAGAGGCACCGCUCAGUGUCUGGGGCCCUGAGGAAAUGCGUCUUAACCCUGGAUGGAUACUCGUACGUUAUAGAACAAGGCGCACUGACGAUAGUCCGUAGAUCGUCAAGCAAGUCCAAGCCAGAGUCCUCACCUCCCACCGAGGAGCAGUUGGACCAACUCGACCUGGACACUGAACACUUGCCCGCCGUCGACACGCCCGAUGCAUGCGAUAAAGCCGCUCUUAGAUUACGUUAUCUCCUAAGACAAAUAAAUAGAGGUGAAAUACCCGUUGAAACUCUACAAAAGAACAUUCAGUAUGCCGCUAAAGUGUUAGAAGCAGUAUACAUAGAUGAAACCAAGCGUCUGGCAGAUGAAGACGAUGAGUUGUCAGAGGUACAACCGGACGCGGUGCCGCCGGAAGUGCGAGAGUGGCUCGCGUCUACAUUCACACGGCAGCUGGCAACGGCCAAGCGAAAGUCGGAUGAAAAACCUAAGUUCCGAUCUGUGGCGCACGCGAUCAGGGCGGGGAUUUUCGUGGAUAGAAUCUAUAGGCGAGUUACGAGUACUGCCUUGAUGCAAUUUCCUCAAGAUGUUGUUAGAGUAUUAAAGACAUUAGAUGAAUGGUCCUUUGAUGUUUUCGCAUUACACGAUGCGUCCGCCGGAUAUCCGGUCAAGUAUCUUGGAUAUGAACUCCUCAACCGAUAUGGAAUGAUACAUAAGUUUAAAGUACAACCUCCAACGCUGGAAAACUUUCUCAGUAGGAUAGAGGAAGGCUAUUGCAAGUUUCAUAAUCCGUACCACAACAACCUGCAUGCUGCUGACGUAGCUCAAACUGUGCAUUAUAUGUUGUGUCAAACUGGCCUUAUGAACUGGCUAUCAGACCUAGAGAUAUUCGCAACGUUGGUGGCUGCGAUUGUACAUGACUUCGAACAUACAGGCACAACUAACAAUUUCCACGUAAUGUCGGGGUCUGAUACAGCACUAUUAUACAACGACAGAGCAGUACUAGAAAACCAUCAUAUAAGCGCAGCAUUCAGGUUGCUGAAAGAAGAAGAAAACAAUAUUCUUCUCAACCUAUCACGGGAUGAGUUCCGAGAGUUCCGAACAUUGGUGAUAGACAUGGUGCUGGCCACAGAUAUGUCAUUCCAUUUCCAACAGCUGAAGAACAUGAGGUCUCUACUAACCCUGGCCGAACCUACCGUGGACAAAUCCAAGGCAGUCUCUCUUGUUCUACACUGCUGUGAUAUCUCACACCCGGCUAAGAGAUGGGACCUUCAUCAUAGAUGGACAAUGAGUCUUCUAGAUGAGUUCUUCCUCCAGGGAGACAAAGAAAGAGAACUGGGCCUUCCAUUCAGUCCACUCUGUGAUAGGAACAAUACACUAGUCGCUGAAUCUCAAAUCGGUUUUAUAGACUUUAUUGUGGAGCCAAGUUUGGGCGUAUGCGCAGAUAUGUUGGAAUGCAUCCUAGGCCCUUUGCAUUCCAAUACUAAGAACACAACUAGUACCAGCCAAGGUGCUCAUAGUCAGGAAAAUGCUAGCGCUGAGGUCACAAAAUUAAAAAUAAAGAAACCAUGGGUCACUUGCCUUAUGGACAACAAAAAGAUUUGGAAAGAGCAAGCCGCAAAAGAUGCAGAAGACCGGGCCAGACUAGAAGAGGAGACGAACGGGGCACCACCGCAACCACCAGCUGAAUAAUAUUUGGCCAACCUUGUGAAUAGUGUCAGGCACAGCUGUUCCCACAUGCUACAUUCGCUCUUCAACAAAGACACUCCAUAGAUCCAUUAAGAUCGUUAUUAAAGUGUUUAAUAUUUCCUUAUUACGUUCCACAUUUACGCUAUGUUUUCACAUUAUCCGCAAUUUAUUUCACAUAAUAAAAACGAAACGUUUGUGGGUUUAAAUAAAAUCGCAAGGUUAUGACUGAGCGCAUCGGUUCAUAUACACCAAGCCUAACCCAAUAAUAUCGGAUCCAUUAUGGAAGUUAGACAACCCGGCUGGAUUCAAUCUCGAGACUUGAAUAACAGUUUCGGUUUGGCGGACACAAAAAAACCUGUGGCGCCAUAAACCUAGGCCUAUUUCCGGAUGUCAUCCUAUAUUUUGAGAUAAUAAUACAGACUCAACAAUGUAUCCUGUUAAAUGGCUAAUAUGAGUCUUUGAUAAGUCUUUAAUAAUGUAAUGUAAUUCAUAAACGCACCAUUAGUACUUAUCUAGUGUAUUUACAAAUGAUCCUUACAACGGUAUUUUAACUAACUGAAGCUUUUGUUAUAAGCGUCUGUUAUAAGACAUUAUAACUUACUUGUCAAAUAGAAUAAAAGUAGAAUUAUGUGAAAUGUCCAAGUUACGUUAUUAGAGCUAUCUUAUUAUUGUGACAGAUGAUAUUAAUUUAUUCCUAAUGGGAAAGGCAAAGGACAAUAGUGUGUCAAAAGGAAUGAAUUUUUACUAAACACCUAUACGUCAAAAAUAUAUUAGAUUUUGACAUUUGACAUAUGGGUUCGGGCUGUCUUUUUCUGAAUCUCACCCUAGAUGAUUCGCUAUAAUAUGUAUAUACUCGUAGUCUUACACUAUUUAGCUAAUUUGUUUGUCUCUUUCUGUCAAAGUGGGUUUACUCUGUGAUGUAGAAACAGAUAAUUAAAACAGUUGAUCCAUAUACACAUUCAGUAUUGAAACAUGACAGUGUCAAUAGUAAUUUAAUUUUUAAUUUAUUAAUUAUAAUUUUGUAAUAAUGACUUAAAUCUAUUUUAAUAUAAUUUAGACUAUCUGUAACUAAAUUAGAUAUUAAGCAGGCAAAAAUAUAGUGAAUAAAAUACUUCGAUAUGUAAAUUUUUGGAAGACAGCGUAGUGAGUUACAUUCGAAUAGGCGAUAUCCCGCUGAGCGGGUUAUCUAGAAAUAACAUUUGUGUAUAUACCUUGUAUUUUACAUGUUAAUGAUAACAUUUUUAUUUUAUCCUCAAAACCUUAUUAAAGUGAAGAGGUCCUUUCGAAACGAGUUUUGACGGAUCUAUCAUCAGCGACGUUACAAGAGUUACGAAUCGUUUACCUGUUUCGCGGCUCAUAAUUCUCAGGUCAUUUUAUAUUGCUAACGUGGGAAUGUCACAGAUAAGUCAACAGCAACAAAACUUUUCAAAAUUGAAUUUAUAAUCUGUUGAAAUUACAUACCUCCGUUGUUCUUUGUGUUCAUAAAAUGAAUUUAAUGUGCUAACCACCUCUA